AUGUUCCCCUUCAACCGUUUUCGCCGCUUAUCGUCGUUCCCGCUUAUCCUGCUGCUCGUGUGCUGGCAUCUUCAGGCGCCGGCGGGCGUAAGCUCGCUCGAUCGCAUGGACAACGCGACCGUACCGCUGGCUCGUGCCAAACGACUAAUAAGCUUCCCAAUCAAUGGUGGCCUAGCGAAGAUGAUUCUCGGAUUUCUGGCACCGGUUCGUUUCCAUCAUCCACUGCCACGCAGCCUCAACCUCGGCAUCAAUGUGCAGGCCAACUAUGCGAUCAGUCCGAACAUAAUAUUCCCCCGGCCGGAGUCGAUCUUCGGCAAUCGCGAGCUGGAGCGCUAUGCCGAUCCGAACAGUCGGCAGCAGGUGUACGGUGUGCUGGAAAAGAUCCUGCAGAUGGUGCUGGGGACGAAUCGAACGGCACGCGAGUGUUUGCUGCGGACGGUGUGUGAAGUGGCGGACACACCGCUGCAUCAUAACGGGCUGGUUGGGGAGCUGCUGGAUGUGAUAUUUACGCCCCAAGAAUCGGAUGUACUGCCAUCGGAAUUCCUAAUGGCACGGAGGUAUGGUGCGAAUGGUGUUGAUUGUUUGCGAGUGUACGACUCCUGUCCGUGGGGUAUGGGAAUGCUAGAUCACGUGUCAACAGUUUUCGUUUAAAUCUUAAC